CCAUUUCAUCUGCUCAUCCGUCCACAUCCACUUGCGUUUUUUCAACGCGAGCAAUAAGAAAAUACCGCCGCCCACUACCACUAACAAUUCAUCCAUACUCCACGAUUCACAGCUCAGUUCGUGUCGUUUGAUCAAAGCUUUCGGUAAGGCUUCAGCUCCGCUUCGUGUAUCCACCUUUAAAGCUCUCUUCAGCGCCUCUCGCUCUCUCUUUUUUUGGGAGCGGAGCUCAGGGACAACAAAUAUAGUAAAAUGGCUUCUGCGUCGACGUCGACAUCCCUGCCGUUUCAUUUCUGAUUGGAGGUUCGUGCGCGGCGUUUCCUCAGCUGUUUUCGUGUUGCCUUUUUGCCUGUUUGGUGUGCAUUCCGCUUUCGGCCCCGUGUUCACCUCGUUUGCCAAUUACGUGUAACCAACAACAGAAGAAAAAACAGAUAAAACAACAAGUGAUUUCGAGUGUUGCAAGCCUUCUUCCGCUGACUAAACCGCAAAACGGAUUACCAAGAAUCUUCGUAGAAUUGCACGCUCUGAAAUAUAUGUUUUAACGGCCCUGAACAGCUGUCAGGCCUCAAGGAAAAACCCAGUCCAGGACAAUCAAAGGACCUUAGAUGUACCCAGGGCAUGCAGACAGCCCCACUUGCAUGAGUACAUAAAUCGUGAUCGCACACACACUCGCACUCCCCUAGUGACGUAACCACGGCCUUCCAAUGAAGAUGGCAUCCCAACGCUUCUGCCUACGGUGGAACAACCACCAGAGCAACCUGCUGUCCGUCUUUGACCAGCUGCUCCACGCAGAAACCUUCACAGAUGUGACGCUGGCCGUCGAGGGUCAAUACUUAAAGGCACACAAGAUGGUUCUCUCCGCCUGCAGUCCCUACUUCAAUGCACUCUUCGUAAAUCACCCGGAAAAGCAUCCGAUUGUAAUACUGAAGGAUGUGCCCUACUCGGACAUGAAAUCUUUGUUGGACUUUAUGUACAGAGGCGAGGUCUCAGUGGACCAGGAGCGACUUACCGCAUUCCUGCGCGUGGCCGAGAGCCUGCGCAUCAAGGGCCUCACAGAGGUCAACGACGACAAACCCUCGCCGGCGGCAGCAGCCGGAGCGGGAACGGGUGCGACGGGUUCCGAAAGCACGCCCACUCCACCCCAGCUGCAGCGCAUCCAACCGUACUUGGUGCCACAACGGAACCGCUCGCAGGCUGGCGGACUGCUGGCUAGUGCCGCCAGCGCCGCCGGAAACACGCCCACUCUGCCUGUGCAGCCUUCGCUGUUGAGCUCGGCCCUGAUGCCCAAGCGUAAGAGGGGCAGGCCCCGCAAACUAUCAGGCAGCUCGAACGGCACGGGUAACGACUAUGACGAUUUCGAUCGCGAGAACCUGAUGAACGACUCCUCCGAUCUGGGCAACGGCAAACUGGGCAACGAUUCCUUUUCGGGCAACGACGAUGGAUCCGAUGACAACCAACAGAAUGCAGGCCACACGGAUGAUUUGAAUGAAAGUCGCGAUUCUCUACCCCCAAAACGAUCAAAGAACGCUAAGGAUCAUCGCACUGUAAGCCAGCACGAGGACAACAGCACUUCCGUGACUUCUAUUCAGGCCACUCCGGAGCUCUCGCAAAGACUCUUCGGCUCCUCCUCGACUACAAUUUCUGCAACAGCAGCGGGCGGCAUCAACACCACCAACACAGAACCUAUUUCAUUGCUGGAGAUCAGCGAAAAUCGGGACACAACUCCAGUUCACCUUCCCACUAUUUUGGGUCUAAAAAUUCGCGCCAUUAACACCACAAAUCCCACCCAGCCGUCAUCGCCUCAAACGCCCACAAAAUCAAAACCCAAGAUCAAGCAGGUAGCAGGAAGCAACAAUUGCAACUCGCUGCUUAAGCAACAGCUUCGUGGCGGGGCCAAGGAUCCCGAAGUGCCCCCAAGCACCCGGAUAACGGGGCCAGUGGCUCCCAGCACCACCUUAAAUGAAGAGGAACUGGCCAAGGAGAUGCCGAAGAAAAACCAAGAUGAGGUCAACGCCUGCAUUGGACUUCAAUCCCUAGCCAAUGCCGCCGAACAGCAGGCGGCGCAGGUGGCCAACAGCAGUAGCAACCACCUGCAUCACCAAUUGCUGCUCCACAUGGCGGCCAAUAACUCCAUGCUCAAGUCCGAUUAUUACCAACACCCGCACAAACAGCAGGAAUCUCCUUCGAGUGGUGGGCAAUUUUUGGAUGAUGACAUGGACCUGAUAUGUAUAAAUGAACAGCAGGACAAAAGCGAUGAGCCCGAUCACGAGAUGCUGACCCUGGCUGAUGAAAAUGCAGGUUUACCAGGUUAUCAGAGUAUUGAAACGGAUGCCACACCCUCGCAAGAAGAUGCCCCUGCCACGGAGACACCAACGGCAGGUCCGCCACCGACAUCUAGAAGUGGAAAAAAAGGCGCCAAGCGACCCAUUCAACGAAGAAGAGUUCGUCGCAAGGCCCAGUCCACGCUGGACGACCAGGCGGAGCAUCUGACGGAGAUGUCCGUGCGGGGAUUGGAUCUCUUCCGAUAUGCCAGCGUGGUGGAAGGCGUCUAUCGCUGCACCGAAUGCGCCAAAGAGAACAUGCAGAAGACCUUUAAGAACAAGUACAGUUUUCAACGGCACGCCUUUCUUUAUCACGAGGGCAAGCAUCGCAAGGUCUUCCCGUGUCCCGUGUGCUCCAAAGAGUUCUCGCGGCCGGACAAGAUGAAGAACCACCUGAAGAUGACGCACGAGAAUUUCACGCCACCCAAGGACAUCGGGGCCUUUAGUCCUCUAAAAUACUUGAUCAGUGCAGCAGCUGCUGGAGACAUGCAUGCCACGAUUUAUCAGCAGCAGCAGGAGCAGGCCCAUUACCAGAGGCAGUUGGCAGAGCAGCUGGAGCAGCAGAACACCUCCUUUGACAGCCAGGAGGAGAGUUCACUGCUGCUGCCGGAUGUAAAACUGGAAAGCGAAGAUUUCGAGCAGGGGGAUCAGGAGGCUGAACUUAGUGAUGGCGGUUUUGAGGCCUCGAAUCCAGCGGCAGCUGCGGCCGCCAUGCUCAGUCUGCAGCAGGAUGUCAUCAUCAAGAAUGAGAUACAGAUCUCGCCGUCGCCCUCGCCCAAUCCGCCCACCUCCUGUGCGGUGGCGGAGGGCAAGUCCUUGGCACUGGCAACCACCGCACAAACAGCAACGUAAAGACUUGGCAGGAUAGUAGAGUAACUAGGGGGCUACGAACGCACAACCACGUUAUACCUUAAGCAGCGAGCUCUGAACUAUAGAAGACUUUAUAUAUCUACAUAAGCAAUCGCGUGGCACUCAAAAACACCAGACUCAAAACAAUUUUUUAGUUAAAUUCAGUAAGCUAGAUAAUGUAAACCCAUAAGCAAUAUUAUAACUAGCACCUGCUCCGUCCAGAAAGCCUAAUUUAAGCAAUAAUAGUAUUUAAUUUUAUCUAGAUCAUAAGCUUUUCCCAAUAAGCAACGCGCACACAGUUCAGCGAACUUUAACGACUUUCGGCUUUAAUUAUACACAAUUCGACUGGCGGCCUACUGGAUCGCCAAAGUAUCCGUAGUGCAAACUUUUAGAACUUUUCAUUUCCCCUUGUGAUUUUGUUGAACCUUUUUAUGUAGAACUUUGUUUAUUAUUUUGUUGUAUAUAAUAGCUAUGCAUAUAUUACAUAUAUAUAGAUUUGUUUAAUACUCAAAGUCCGUAGUAUAAUUUUGUUCAUUUCCUUGGCAACAAGCUGGAAUCAUAUGUAUUGGCUAUUUGUGCAAUCAUCAAAACAAGUUGGCGGCCGCUAAUAAACACGAUAGUGCGGUUCUGCGGCCCCACAAAGUGUUGUAAACUUAAUAACUAACUUAAGACCACUUAACUAGGAUCUAGGCGUAGUCUUAAGGCAAUCUAUGCAUGUUUCAACGGACAACAAAAUGCGCAACGGACUUCCAGUGAAGAAAUUAACUGAUAUUUAUAUGAAAUCCCAAUCUGGUAUUAAGUAAUACAAUUUCAACAUUUUACUUAACGCAACAACUACGACUUAAAACUAAUGGGCUCAAUCACUAGAUAUUAUAGUUGCGAAUUUAAGCUUACGUUCAUGAAAAAAAACAAAAGCGAGUUAAUUGAAUAAAGUGAAAUUUACUGAAA